UAUGAAUGAACUUUAUGUUUUAAAACUCAACUGUGAACUGAUUUAUUGUUUUAUUGUUAUAGAACAAUGAUAUAAUUUUCUACAACUACAUGCGAUUAUUUUAAAACCAGCUCAUAUUGUUGAGUUAAUCCCGAGCUGUUUUUCUCAGAGAUUCUUCCUUAUGUAAGUCUGCAUGCGUCUCCACAUGGUCCGACACACUGAGAUCAACUUCUGAGCCCCCCUCCCCGUAAUCUAAAGUUAUGGAUGAGCGUGUCAGGGGGAUUACAAGGGGGGCGUAUAUAAGAAGAAAACGGAGAAACACCAGAAACACCAGAGAAAGAGACAUCAGACUGAAGACACCUGCACAAACAGCAUAUAAAAGAUGGCAGACGCAGGCGUAGCAGCUCCCGCCGACAAGAAGGCACCUCCCAAGUUCAAACAGAGGGCCGCUCGUACCUUCAAGAGCAAGGCGCCUAAACCAGGCCAGAAGGGAUUCGGAGACGACAUCCCCGGCAUGGAGGGCCUCGGCACAGACAUCACAGUGAUCUGCCCAUGGGAAGCCUUCGGGGACAUGGAGCUCAGCGACCUGGCGAAAUAUGGAAUUGUGUAGAAACUCUUCUACCCCCCAGCACCGAUUUCCCUUCACCUACCAAAAACACCUGAUCUGCCACUGCAUAUGAAAUUAUACCCAGAGCUAAUCCAAACUGUGGCAUAAACUGGCUAAUUUAAAAAAGUUUUAAUUAUCUAUUGAGACUUUUGCACUUGGCUUGUACAUUUUUAAAAGACGGUGGAUUAAAUCUGUCUCCACUAAAUCUCCAAUCCUGCCUUUUCCACUCUCUCCCCUUCCCCAGCUAUUCCUUCUUAAUGUACAGCUGCUCAUGAUAUAUAUUUUUAUUUUUAUGAACUGUGAAUGUAAAAAAUUUGUGCACACUAGCACAGUUUAGUACGAGUGUUAAUAAAUAUUUUCCCCAAACAAAUGCCUUUUUUAAAAAAAAAAGCACAAUAUCUAACGUAAAUUUAACGUUACUGUAACAUCACUUACACAUACGUCUGUUCUCACACUAUGUAACUUUGGGCUCCGGGUUGGGAG